AUGGCUACUACAGAUGUGCUGGGCACAGACCCGUCCGAGGGUUUGCGCAAUCGCAAGCAGCAGCAGUCACUGGCUGGCAGCGAUUCGCCGCGUUCUGACGCAACCGAGCGUGCUGCUCCAUCCCUCGAUCAAGCACCGUCUCGUGAUGCAAAGAGCGGCGAUACUUUGGAUCAGCACGUCAAGGUGCUCGGAAGGACUCCCGAUGGUACCGUCUUCACCGUGCCGCAUACGCCGGACAUGCUCUCGUCCAUCUUUGAUCCACGACAGCCCAAGACGCCGCUCGACAUUGUCACCGUCGUUUCCCUCUCCUUCCAGAUCCUCUUCUACUUCGCUCUCUCCCGCCGAGCCGCCCAGAUCUUCUUCUUUCUCUACUUCGCCUUCUGGCGUGCCUCCUACAACGCCGGUCUCGGUUGGAUCCUCAAGCAGCAGAGUGAAAAGGGUUGGAUCAUCCGUCAAGUCAAGCAGCAUGGUUGGAUGGAUGCUCAGCGUCGACCCCGCGUCCACAACUGGGUCAAGCAGCAGCUCGUCACCAAGAUGGACAAGGACUAUGUCUUCGACGCCAUGCCGCUCGACUACAAUGUCUGGCUCAUGUUCCGCAGCAUCGUCGAUGUGAUCUUGCUCAACGACUUCGUCGCCUACUCGCUCUUUGCAUUCUCAUGCACCCGGCUGCCCGAGGGUCACUCGGUCGCCAUGCAUGUCUUGCGCUGGAUCGCAGGUUGGACCCUUAUCUUUUUCAAUCUCUGGGUCAAGAUUGAUGCUCACCGCGUCGUCAAGGACUACGCAUGGUAUUGGGGCGAUUGCUUCUUCCUCUGCUUGCAGAGCCUCGUCUUUGACGGUGUUUACGAGAUCGCGCCUGAUCCCAUGUAUUCGAUCGGAUAUGCGGGCUACUACGGUCUCUCGCUCGUCAGCGGCAGCUAUGCCGUGCUGUUCGUCUCGCUGGCUGCCCACUUUGCGCAAUUCCUCUUCAUGUCCUUUUUCGAGGGUCCACACAUUGAGCGAACCUAUGGCGAACGCAAACCCAUUGCUGCGCGUGUGCCUCUUCGUCAGGCGCCCUUCAACGCUGCGUCGCGUAAAGCAGCUCACGCCAACGAUGCUGCGCACAACGGCCUGCCAGAUAACAAGGUGGAUAGUGCCGCAUCUGUGGCAAACCCUGUUCAAUCCUCGCGAUCGGCUGCCAACGACGCCGACUUUGAAGGUCCCACUCCGAGCCAGACCGAAGGCUCCACCGCGCUCGACACCGACGACGACACAUCGGACGACGGCCACAGUCGAACGUUCAAACGCACCGCGCUCCGCUCCUCCUCUUCCUCCAACGACGCCAUCCAACAGCACCUCUCCGGAAUCGACGCUUCGUCUCAGAUCCAGCGUCCUGUCACCACGCUGCAUGACCUGCACCAUCGCAUCUUCCGCAAAGAUACGGUUGUUUUCCGCAAUCUCGACCUCAUGCGAGCCCACGACUUCCUCUUACUCGUCGGCUCCCUCUACGCUCUCUUUCCGCUCAUCCUCCCAUCGCUGGGCCCGCGGGCCAGGCUCACGCUGCUCUUCAUCAACGCGCUCGCCUGGCGCACCUUCCACUCGUUCGGCCUCGGCAUUGCGCUCUCCCGCCAGUCCGAGUCCAAGUGGAUAGUGCGUCACUUCCUCAAACACUACCACUACGCCCAACCCCAGGACGCGGUGUUCGAAGCAUUUGGCCACUGGAAGGUGGUUUACAACACAUCGCUGGUGAUGACAUAUAUCUCGUUCGGUGCGCUCGCGUGGAACUGCUACACGCCCAUUGGCCACCCGGACUGGACAGUCGGGCCUGAGCUGCUGCGUCACACGCUCGGCUUCCUGCUGGUUGCACUGCACUGCUGGACCGCCAAUUCGUCGUAUGAAGUUCUUGGUCCGUUCGGCUGGCUGUACGGCGACUUUUUCGUAGACGAAUACCCACACCAACUGUACUAUACGGGCAUCUACCGCUUCCUCAACAAUCCGGAGCGCAGUAUGGGCGGUGCCGCUUUCUUUGGACUGGCACUGAUCGCGGGAUCGAAGCUGACUCUGCUCAUGGCUAUCGUGUCGUACGUUGCGCAUUGGGGUUUCCUGUCGUUUGUUGAAGGGCCUCAUAUGCGCAAGCUGUACGGCGAAGCUGCACUGCGUAAGGAUUCCGGGCUGACGAAACAGCUCAAAUCGCAGUGGGUCGCUGCCAAGGAUUCCGAUCUGUUCCGGCUGGCGCAGGAGCAUCCGACCGUCAAGAAUGUACAGGGUACGAUCGAGAAAGUGCAGCGCGAUGCGGCCGAGGCGUUUGAAGAGUUCUUCAGGCAGUCCAGGCCGCGCUUCGAAGGAAUGUUGGAGGAGACCAAAGUGCUGCUGCAGCAGAGCAAAGAUCGCUUGUUGAUCGUGCGCGUCGAGGAUGACCAGAAGUUGAGGUCCGAAGGCGUGGACAAGUCGAUGUACCGCUUGACUGUUCGUCCGCCCGCCGCUGGUGCGAGUGCAAGGUUCCACCUGGGCCAGCCGAUCGCGGUCGAAUGGCGAGCUGCGCCCAACCACUCGCGUCGCGACUGGAUCGGUCUCUACCUACUCUCGCGUUUCGGCGGCAAGCAGGGUGCGGACGAAGCGUCCCUCGUUACAAAGAUCUCGAGUCAGGGCAAAUGGCUCGGCGUAGCAGAAGAAGAGUGGGUUGGCGAUGUGCACCACGCUUCUUCUUUCCCAAACACCACCACCUCGUCCUCCGCUGUCAGCGGCGUUUCGGUGUUCCGCGAUUCCAAGUUGCCCUGGGUCCCCGGCACGUACGAAUUCCGAUACCACCACGACGGGAAACACAACGUACUCGCGCGCUCCAGCCCCAUCGACAUUUACGUCGACACGCUCCCACCCGCCGGCUUGUCGGAAGCCGACCUAGUCGCAAAAACAACAUCGAUCAUCCGCAACAUUGUCCACUACUCUGUCCCGUCAACCAAACCUCUGCGGCUGUCCAUCUCGCAGCCGCAGCCUCCGUCGCCCCUCCCACUGUCCACGUCCUCUGCCAUCCCGGAAUCCGCGAUCGACGACACCCCUACAUCCCCACUCGUACGCAACCCGGAUGGCGACGACGGCGACGCAGAUGACUUUACCAUCUGGGACCGCGCGCAGGCCGCGCGCAUCUCCACAGGCAUCAAGUGGGCCUUCGGGCUCGAACUCAGCCCGGAAGUCAUCGUCGCUGAGGCCAACGUGACCAAACUCGCCAUGGAUGUCGUCCAGGGCCGCAGAGUGCUCGAACCUGCAUUUGCGCCUCUGAUGAGCUAA